AUGAGUUCAUUCAACUAUUCGGAAGAUACACAAUUUCCUUCCUCUCAACAAAACAUCACAUACCAAUUCCAAGAGGAUGGUGAUGAUGAUUAUUCGGGAGAGAACGAACAAUCACAGUCUAAUCAAUUUGUUAACCCUUCUAAUUUUAUUGGAGAAGAUGAUGAUGAGGAUAACGAGUACGACGUAAAUGACGAUGAACAAAGCGAUGAUUCAUCCUCAUCACCUAUUAGCCAGGGCAACAACAAUUUUGAAUACGUGGAGGAUUUGAACACUCAACAGAGCCAAACACUACCUACCACACAAUCACAACUUUAUUCCCAGGAUUUUCUAAAUACACAACAAACUGGUACUCAACUUUCUUACUCUCAACAAUCAUCGGCUGCCAGUGGCGGUUUGAAAGCAAGUUCCAACACAUCUUCACUUGGCAAGAAAAAGAAGAAAAAAGAAAUACACGAUUUGAACUCUUUUAUUGACAAAUAUGCUACUCCGCUCAAUUUUGAUGAAGAGGAUGAAGAGGUUUUGGAAAAGAAGCUUCCGGAACAUGCUUGCAAAUAUUGUACCAUUCACGAUCCUGCUUGUGUUGUUAAGUGUAAUAUUUGUCAAAAGUGGUUUUGUAACGGAAGAGGAGGCUCGAAUGGCUCUCACAUUGUUCACCAUUUGGUAAAGUCCAAACACAAGGAAGUCUCUUUGCAUCCUGAAUCACCUCUAGGAGAUACAGUUCUGGAGUGCUACAACUGUGGAUGCAGAAACGUAUUCUUGCUAGGUUUUAUUCCUGCCAAGAAUGAUUCUGUUGUUGUAUUGUUAUGUCGUGAACCAUGCUUACAUGAUAACAGUCUUAAGGACAUGGAUUGGGAUGUUGAUUCAUGGCUUCCUUUAAUUCAAGAUCGUCAAAUGUUGUCUUGGUUAGUUAAAGAACCUGACGAAGAAAAGAACAGAGGUAGAAAAGUAACCACACAACAAAUUAACAAACUGGAAGAGUUGUGGAAGACUAAUACUGAUGCAUCCAUCGACGAUUUAGAAAAACCAGGCAUUGAUGAUGAUCCUCUUCCUGUUCAAUUUUUCUAUGAAGAUGCCUAUCAUUAUCAAUCAGUAUUCAGUCCACUCAUUCAAUUGGAAGCAGAGUAUGAUAAGAGAAUGAAAGAAUCUCAAUCAAAGGAUAAUAUUGCUGUUCAUUGGGAAACAACCAACAGCAACAGAUUACUGGCUUAUUUUUAUUUCACACGUGAAGACAAUGAGCUUCGUUUAGUACCCGGUGAUGAACUCAGACUUCGCUACAAUAGAGAUGGUAUUAACUGGGAAGGUAUUGGCCAUGUUAUCAAAUUCAACCAAGAGGAAGAGGUUGUUUUGGAAUUGAAGAAGAAAACAGCACCUAUUAGCUUCACAACUGGGUUUAGUGUUGAUUUUGUUUGGAAGCCAACCUCCUUCGAAAGAAUGCAAAACGCAAUGAGAACAUUUGCAAUUGACGAGAAUUGUAUUAGCAAUUUUCUGUAUCACAAAAUGUUAGGUCAUCCAAACCAAACACCAAAAGAUGUUCUUCUCAAAGUUACCCUUCCUAAGAAAUAUUCUGCACCUGGCUUACCUGAACUAAAUCAUUCUCAAAUUUCAGCUGUCAAGAAUGCUCUGCAAAGACCACUUUCAUUAAUUCAAGGUCCACCCGGUACAGGAAAGACUGUUACGAGCGCUUCAAUUGUCUACCAUAUGGUUGAUAAGAAUAAGCAUAGAGUAUUAGUGUGUGCACCUUCCAAUGUUGCUGUGGAUCAAUUGGCAGAAAAGAUUCAUGCUACUGGUCUCAAGGUUGUUAGACUGUGUGCAAGAAGUAGAGAAGCAGUUAAUUCACCUGUAGAUUUCCUUACAUUACACUACCAGCUAAAACUCUACAAAACUAAAGAAAAGGAUGAAUAUCAAAGACUUCAACAAAAGAAAGAGGAUGAUGGAGAAUUAUCUAUUGCUGAUGAGAAACGUUUAAAAAUGUUAAAGAGAUUAACAGAGAGGGAAAUUUUGAAGGCAGCAGACGUCAUUUGUUGUACUUGUGUUGGUGCAGGCGAUGUCAGAUUAAGAGACUUUAAAUUUAAACAUGUACUCAUUGAUGAAUCUACUCAAGCCACUGAACCUGAAUGUCUCAUUCCAAUUGUAAAAGGAGCAAAGCAAAUCGUUCUUGUUGGAGACCACUGUCAGCUAGGUCCAGUAAUCAUGUGCAAGAAGGCAGCUAGAGCUGGAUUAUCAAGAUCUCUCUUUGAACGUUUGGUAAUGUUGGGCAUUAGACCAAUGCGUCUCCAAGUACAAUAUAGAAUGCAUCCUUGUCUCUCAGAAUUUCCUUCCAAUACCUUCUAUGAAGGCACUUUACAGAAUGGUGUAAAAAAGGAAGAUAGAUUAAUUCAUAUUGAUUUUCCUUGGCCACAUUCUGAUGCACCAAUGUUUUUCUAUAAUUCUGUUGGACAAGAAGAAUAUAGUGCAAGUGGAACAUCUUUUCUCAAUAGAACUGAAGCAGAAACAGUUGAAAAGAUUGUAACUAAAAUGCUUAAGGCUGGCGUAAGGCCAUAUCAAUUGGGAGUUGUAACUCCUUAUGAAGGACAACGAGCUUUUUGUGUUAGUCAUAUGCAACGAGCUGGUACUGCUGAUCCAGAUCUUUAUAAGGAAAUUGAGGUUGCCAGUGUAGACUCAUUCCAAGGAAGAGAGAAAGAUUUUAUUAUUCUUUCAUGUGUCAGAUCCAAUGAUCACCAAGGUAUUGGAUUCUUAAACGAUCCAAGACGUCUUAACGUUGCUCUUACCCGUGCUAGAUGUGGUAUAAUUAUCAUUGGAAAUGCAAAAGUCUUGUCCAAACAACCUUUGUGGAAUUUAUUAUUGCAUCAUUUUAAGAACGACAAUUACAUGCAAAAGAAUUUUAUUGUUGAAGGUGCUUUGUCUCGCUUGAGCAUCAGUAAUGUGAAACUUCAAAAACCAAAGAAGUUUACAAACCAUAGAUAUGGUAUUGGUUAUGGAUUGACAUCAUCGAUCCCUCUUCUUGACCCUAAUGCUUCAAUGGUUCCAAUGCAAAUGGCAUCACCAAUGAUGAAUCCAUUGAUUCCUGUGACAUCUUAUUCAGGUGCCAUUUCUACAAGUCAUCAAAUAUAUCCACUCUUCCCUACUGGAUACAAUCCUUCUAUUAACGUUCCUGCUAGCUCUUUCAUAACCACUCAAGAUGAAAGAUUACUCACUCAACAAUCACAAGAAUCUGAUAGAUUCCACUAG